AGCAGCCAGAGCCAGGUGUCGGCUUUGUGACGACUCCGGCGAUGGAUCCCUAUGUGCAGCGUGCACUCUCUGCAAUCUCAAAGUUUGCAAACGUCGAGUUUGUACAGACUUCCACGAACCGACUCAGAUCGAAAGAUGGCUCCACGAAUCUGUUCGUCAAGUGCGAUCGAUCGCUCGAGCAGACCGUCGGCGAGGCAGAGUCGCUCAAGGCGAUGGCCAAAGCAGCGUCUGGCUUGGCACCCGAUGUGUACUUCUGCGAGCAAGUCGAUGGCAAAGCGGUCAUGAUCUCGGACUAUUUCGACCUCGGACGAAUGAGCUCUUCUGCGAGAUUGGCAGAGCGCAUAGCCGGCGAGCUGCACAAUCCUGCAAACAAGGACGCUGUCUCGCCCAACGGCAAGUCUGGCUUCCAUGUGACGACGCAUUGCGGACCUACUGCCCAAGACAAUACGUGGGAGGAUGAUUGGGCGACAUUUUGGCGCGACAGGCGUUUGCGCUUCUUGCUCGCACAGUGCACGGACAAGAAGCUCAGAGAAGUAGGCGAGCAAGUGUGCGAGCGAGUAGUGCCUAUGCUGCUCGAUAUCAAAGUCACGCCCGUCAUAUGUCAUGGUGAUCUGUGGAGUGGCAAUAUUGCCACGAGGGCAGACAAUGGUGAACCACUGAUCUACGAUGCAUCGUCAUAUUACGGUCACGGCGAGAGCGAUCUCGGAUUGGCAAAGAUGUUUGGCGGAUUUGGUCAAUCGUUCUUUGACAAGUAUCAUUCGAUUUUGCCCAAAAGCCAGCCCUACUACGAAGAGCGCAUGAAGCUCUAUGAAGUCUACCAUCAUAUCAAUCACUAUGUCUUGUUUGGCUCGAGCUACAAGACCGGCGCAAUCCGGCUGCUGCAGGAUCUGCUCGACUGGGCGGAUACGCAGCCAGACGCUGCAAAAUAGACUUCAGGACAUCAGCUCGUUGAGCUCUGCUUCUUCUUCGGCCGUGAGUGUGUCAGUUUCCGGCUUUGGUGCUGCCUCAGCAGGUGCCGGGGCGAAAGUGAGCACGUCCGGCCAUGGCCACUGCAGCGCCGUUCAGCUAGAGCGUCUCGCUUGAUUCUCUCAGCGCUCGCCUUGCGCAGAGUAGCAUCGAAGCUCGCAGUCAGCAACCACGGGUGACGCUUUCCGGCAGCUGUAGUUUCUGUCCAU